AUGGUGAUCUUCAACGGGCAGCUGAAGAUCAAGAUCUGCGAGGCUCUGGAGCUCAAACCCACGGCUUGGUCCCUGCGUCACGCCGUCGGCCCCAAGACGCAGACCUUCCUCCUGGACACGUACAUCGCCCUGAACGUGGACGACUCCCGCGUGGGCCAGACCUCCACCAAGCAGAAGACCAACAGCCCCACGUGGAACGAUGAGUUCACCACGGAGGUCCACGACGGCCGCAGGAUCGAGCUGUCCGUCUUCCACGACGCGCCCAUCGGCUACGACGACUUCGUGGCCAACUGCAUCAUCCAGUUCGAGGACAUCCUGCACAACGGUAGCAAGCACUUCGAGGACUGGAUUGACCUGGAGCCAGAGGGAAAGGUGUAUGUUGUUAUUGACCUAUCAGGAUCUUCCAGUGAAGCUGCGCCGUGCUCCACCGAGAAUGAGGAGCGUGUGUUUCGGCAGCGGAUGCGUCCUAGGAAGCGCCAGGGUGCCGUCCGCCGGAGGGUCCACCAGGUCAAUGGACACAAGUUCAUGGCCACCUACCUGAGACAGCCCACCUACUGCUCCCACUGCAGGGACUUCAUCUGGGGCGUCUUAGGAAAGCAGGGCUACCAGUGUCAAGUGUGUACCUGUGUGGUCCACAAGCGCUGUCAUGAGCUGAUCAUUACCAAGUGUGCAGGGAUGAAGAAGCAGGAGGACACAGUUGGAGAGCCAGUCGGUUCUCAGAGGUUCAGUGUCAACGUGCCGCACAAGUUCAGCAUCCACAACUUCAAAGUUCUCACCUUCUGCGACCACUGUGGGUCCCUGCUCUGGGGUCUGCUACGACAGGGACUCCAGUGUAAAGUGUGUAAAGUGAAUGUACACAGACGCUGUGAGAGUAACGUAGCUCCAAACUGUGGCGUGGACGCCAGAGGAAUCGCUAAAGUCCUCUCUGACCUCGGAGUCACACCAGACAAGAUCUUCAACAGCGCCCAGAGACGGAAAAAGCUUCCUCAGGGUCAGGACCCCCAGCCGCCGUUAUCAGGGACGCCUAAGACAGAAGACGAUCGCUCAAAGUCCGCCCCCACCUCCCCAUGUGACCAAGAUGCGAAGGAGCUGGAGAACAUCCGGAAGGUUCUGUCGUUUGACCACCGCGGGGAGGAGCACAAAACACAACCCCUCUCUUCCGCCUCGUCUGUUUCUACGGUAACGGGGGACAGUCAGGAAGGUGUGGAAGGAGGAGGAGGUGAAGAUGGGGGCAGCAUCGCAGUGGAGGUUAAAGGAAACCGGGAGAACGGAGAGGUCAAAGGUCACGUCGCUCCUGAAAUAAAGAGGAUGAACCUGCAAGACUUUUUGUUCAUCAAAGUUCUGGGGAAAGGAAGCUUCGGAAAGGUGAUGCUGGCGGAGCUGAAAGGCACCGACGAGGUUUACGCAGUCAAAGUGCUGAAGAAAGACGUGAUCCUGCAGGAUGACGACGUGGACUGCACUCUGACUGAGAAACGGAUUCUGGCCCUGGCCAGAAAACACCCCUACCUGACACAGCUCUUCUGCUGCUUCCAGACUAAAGACCGGUUGUUCUUUGUGAUGGAGUACGUCAAUGGAGGCGACCUGAUGUUUCAGAUACAGCGGUCGCGGAAGUUUGACGAGGCGCGAUCCCGUUUUUACGCGGCUGAGGUCACGUCUGCUUUGAUGUUCCUGCACCGACAUGGCGUCAUAUACAGAGACUUGAAGCUGGACAACAUACUGUUGGAUGCGGAGGGUCACUGUAAGCUGGCAGACUUUGGGAUGUGCAAGGAGGGAAUCCUCAAUGGAGUCACCACCACCACCUUCUGUGGGACACCAGAUUACAUCGCACCAGAGAUCCUUCAAGAGUUGGAUUAUGGCCCGUCAGUGGACUGGUGGGCUCUGGGGGUGCUGAUGUAUGAGAUGAUGGCAGGCCAGCCACCAUUUGAAGCCGAUAACGAAGAUGACCUAUUUGAGUCCAUCCUCCAUGACGAUGUCCUCUACCCUGUCUGGCUCAGCAAGGAGGCUGUGUCCAUUCUUAAAGCGUUCAUGACUAAGAGUCCUAACAAGCGUCUGGGCUGUGUGGUGGCUCAGGGUCUGGAGGAGGCCAUUAAGCUCCAUCCCUUCUUCAGAGACAUCGACUGGACACUGCUGGAGCAGAGGAAAAUCAGACCGCCAUUCAAACCACGCAUCAAAACCAAAAGGGAUGUGAAUAACUUUGAUCAGGACUUUACACGUGAAGAACCAGUCCUGACACCGGUGGACAACAGCAUCAUCAAGCAGAUCAACCAAGAUGAGUUUAAAGGAUUCUCCUACUUUGGAGAUGAGACUGUAGCCUAAACACACGCUGACACACAAACGAUUACCAACAUACGUACACAC